UCAGGUAAUAAUUCUUCAAAAGAAAAACUAAGAUCUUAAACAACUUCAUUUAAUCUAAAUAUAUACAUGAUCAUUUAUGAUUGUGUGUGUGUGAAGGUGUAUCCGUUGUCGUGGACAAGCAUAUUGGUGUCGUUGGACAACAAAGGGAUGUGGAAUUUAAGGUCACAGAUAUGGUCGAGGAGGUAUUUAGGUCAAGAGCUCUAUGUUCGUGUCUGGAACGAUGAGAAGUCUCUAUACACUGAAGCUGAUCCGCCUCUCAACGCUCUUUAUUGCGGCCUAGCCAAACGUCCCCUUUAGAUAUUUUUCACAUAUAUUAUUGUUCUUACAAGUGGAGUGAGGAAAAAGAACAAACGUACACCUCAUUGAUUUUUCAAUAAACAGACAGAAAAAGAAAAGAAAAACUUUAUGUCUUAUGAAUUGUAUUCGGAUUGUGUUCAAUGUUCAUGCAUCUAAACCAUAAUUUCUAUAUCACAAUUAUUACUAGAACUUCUGCUUAACCAAAUCAAACUAUUUAUGCGGUUUGUAUAUGCUUGUGUUAAACUAAAACCAAAUCAUGUGUUAGAAUAAAGCUUUAACGUAUUUACAUAAUUCUUUUUUUUUUGUAAUUUGUUUAGAGUCUAGGUUUUAUAACAGAAACACUACCGGACAACAAGCUCGGUUGAAGAUUAAGGGUCUGGUUCGAACGCAGCGGGUGCGGAAGUUUGCGGAUGCGAAUGCGGAUGGUUGUGGUUUCAAGCGUUAUUAAGCGUUUUGUAUGACUGGCACAACGUUUGGAAAUUUUUGUGUUUGCGGAAUAUUUGUGACUGGUUGAUUAUAAAAUAUUGCAGCGGUUUAAUAAUAAAUUAUCAAUAUUUAUAUUAUAACAUUAUAAAAUAUAAAACGUACUAUUAUGAUAAAAUAUACUAAUUAUCAAUAUAAUAUGAUUAAUAAAAUAUUAUAUUUAUUUAUUAAAUUUUUUAAAUUAGUUGAAAUUUAUAAUUUUAAUAAAAUUUGUUUUGAAGAUUUGUAUUAAAAAUUUUAAAAUAAUAUUUUAUUUCGUUAUAUAUGUGUAUAUCUUUAUAUAUGUGUAUAUUAAUUUUAAAAAAUUGUAAUGAAUGGCUAGUUUAAAGUUCUUAUAAAACAAAUUAUGAUAUUGUUUUUUGAAUUUAAACUAAUAUAUAAAAUACAUAUAUAUUUUUAUUUAUAAUAUUUCCAUUUUAAAAUUUUAAAAUAAUUUUAAAAAUAAUUUUAUAUUUAUUUAUCCACCCACCACCGUCCGCAACCGCAAAUGCUAGCUGAAACUAAUUUUUAAUUUUAAGAGGUUCGGAGCGGUUCUGAACGGUUUGAGGCGUUGCAGCGGUUUGUACGAUCGUUUUGAAACGCUGUCAACCGUUACCAACCGCAAAAACUGCGUUUGCGAUGGUAGCGAAGAAACCAGUCAAACCUAAACCGAACUAUACCAAUUUUAACAUAAAUGUCUAUUAGACGUAGAUAGCUCCAAAACUUGAUGUCUUGUCUGGAUCUGGAUAGUUCAUUUGAUUCAAGAUUUCACGUGAUUUUCCAUCUUUGAUUUUUCUCUCUACUUUCACAGUGGGACCAGAAAAUCUUUUGUAUUCAAAAACAUGUUUCGUUACAAGACAAAUGUUUCGUUGAAUUGUCUUUCUUUUCCUAGCCUGAGGACAGAAAAUUCCACAAUCAGUACAGUAAAACGAUUAACCUAAAUUCAAAUAUAUUUAUUUAUAAAUUGUACAGUGCAAAGACAUUAAUGCGACAUUUCAAAACGAUAAAUGUCAAUCGCCAUUAUAAAUCACCACAAAAAAACCAUAAUUAAAACAGUCACAAAAGAAGAAAGAAGAAGAAAAGAAUAAUAGAGGAUGAAGAAGCAAUAUGUGCUUGUUCACGGUGGUUGCCACGGAGCAUGGUGCUGGUACAAAGUAAAACCAAUGCUAGAACAUUCCGGUCACCAUGUGACGGUUGUUGAUCUAAUGGCGUCUGGUGUGAACAUGACCAAAGUAGAAGAGAUUCAGACUCUGGAGGAUUACGCUAAGCCGUUGCUGGAGGUUCUUGAGUCGUUUGGCUCAGAGGAUAAAGUAAUCCUCGUCGCGCAUAGCAUGGGAGGAAUAUCUGCUGCUUUUGCAGCCGACAUGUUUCCUCGUACGAUCUCUGUUGCUGUCUUCGUUACAUCUUUUAUGCCUGACACGACCAAUCCACCUUCAUACGUUUUUGAAAAGCUUAUAGGAAGCCACUCAGAUUCAGAAGAAAUGGAUUUGAAGCUUGAGACUUAAGGAACUAAUGAUCAUCCUCUAAUGACUGUUUUUAUUGGACCCAAGUACUUAAAAAACAUGUAUCUACUCUCUCCUAUCGAAGAUUUUGAACUGGCCAAAAUGCUGAUGAGAGUUGCACCGGCUCUGACCAGUAAUCUGACGGGGGAAAAAUGCUUAACCGAAGAAGGAUAUGGCUCGGUUACUCGUGUGUAUAUCGUAUGCGGUCAGGACAAGGGUAUAAGCGAAGAGUACCAGCGAUGGAUGAUUGAGAAUUUUCCGGUUAAAGAAGUUAUGGAGAUCGAAGAUGCAGAUCAUAUGCCAAUGUUCUCCAAGCCACAAGAACUCUGUGAUCGCUUACUAAAGAUUGCUGAUAAAUAUGCAUAAACAAACCCGAGAAUGAUAUCACUAUUGUCAUAAUAUUUGUAAAAAUAAUCUUCAACUUGCACCACCAUGCAUGAUAGGAUACAUGUUUCAUGAGAUGGAUGAUUAUAUCAAUACGAAUUCACCGCU